AUGAAGAACAUUAGUUUAUUAAAUAACACAAAAAUCUCAUCAACUUUGAAGCUUUUACAAAAUCAAUAUUAUUAUCAUUGGACAAAGAACCUUAUUUAUUUAAAGUACCUUCGAACAAAUUUCUUGCAAUCAUCGUUUAAUGCGUUGGAAAAUGAAUGUAUCGUUUUGAAAAGAUUCUCAUCAACUACAACGAUAACUCAAGAUCAUGAGAUGAUUAAGGUCAACCCUAAAGAUUCGAAUGAUAAUUAUCAUCUGACGACCUUUAAUGAUGAAGAAUUCUUAUGGAGGUUGAGACUUUUUCUUUUAACGAAAAAAGAUUCGGAAGAUUUUUGGAAGUUGCUACGAGUUUACAUGUAUAAUAACGUGAAAAUUCUCAAAUCACAACCACAACCACAACAUCAAGCAUCAUCAUUAUCAAUGAUAGAUAUAGAACGAAUAUUCAUUAGAUUAUUUCAAAAAAAUAAAUUAACCAAUUUAAAUUUAUCACGAUGGUUUCGAAAAAUGUUACAAAGGUCAAGAAUCACGUUAAAUUCCAAUUGUUAUAACAUAAUAUUAAAAAAUUGUGCGUCAAAUGAACAUUUAAUAAAUCAAGAUCAAAAAAUCUUUAUGGAAAUGAAAAAUCUUGGUCUCACCCCUACAAGGUUAACAUUACAACAAUUGAUAAGAGAUUAUAGCAAUUUAGGAAAAAUGAAUCACGUUAAAAGGUGGUUUAAUAUUUUAUUAGAUUUAGGAUAUAAACCGACUAGAGAGACUUAUAUUUAUUUAAUACGUGGAAGUAUUUUGAUCAAUGAUAUUGGAUCCAUUAAUCAUAAUUUAAGGGAGAUGGUUGAAUUGAAUCACAAACCUUUAAAAGUACAUGUUGAUGAAUUUAUUAAACGUUGUGCAUUAAAUGAUCGAUCCCAGGAUUUAAAAUGGGCUUUUGACCGAUUUUUCGUAAAAGGUGAUUGGAAUGCCACAAGUGACACUUAUAAUUGGAUGUUAUUAUCUUGUUCGAAACGGAGGGAUGAACAUCUCGCAAGUAUAUACUUUGAUGAAAUGAUCAAAAGAAAAAAUUUAAAACCAAACGUUUUAACUUUUCAACAUUUAAUAACGAUGAAAAUUGGAUCUUGUGAGUUUGGAUUUCCUGGACCUGAAGCAAAUCCUUCUAAAAGUUUGAACGAAGCCAUGAGGUUAUAUAAAAAAAUGAGACAAGAGUUUUUGAUAAAGCCAAACAUGUACAUCUGUUUUAUCCUGAUAAGAAGGUUGAUAUACUCCGGUGAAAAUGAUAAAUUAUCAACAUAUAUCAAAGUUCUCCCUGAACUAUCAUAUGAAUUAUUGACCAAACUUCAAUUUAAUAAUAAUCCAACGAUUUCGAUGAAAGUUAGCAAUAAAUUUUUACGACAACUUUUUACAACUUUUUUAAAAUAUGGAUAUUUAGAAGCUGCACGAAAUGUAUAUAAAACGAUGCGAAAGAGGAAUUAUAAUUUUGCAAUUGAAACCGGUUCAUUGAAUUUAAUAGAAUCUUUUGCAAGUAAAGGAAAUUAUUUUUCGGCAUUACAAAUAUUUCAUGAAAUGAUCUCAAAUGGCGUUAGACCUCACCCAUAUCAUUUAAAUUUGUUAUUAAGAGGGUAUUUUCAAAAUAAUGAUUUUAAAGGUGGGUUGGAAUUUUAUAACUUGAUAGAAUCUCAUCAAUUAAUUCCUUCCAAAGACAUUUAUCACAUCGUAAAUAAAGUUUUGGUUGAUAUCAAAGAUAUACAACAAGUUAGAGAAAUUUGUCAAAAAUUAAUCAGAUAUCAUGAAAUUCCAAAUCUGGAUACAUUGAAGAUGUUAAUUAAAUUUGGAGAAAUUGAGGAAGUGAGGAGAAUCGUGGAAAAUAUGCCUUCUUACGGGUUAAAACUUGACCUAACCAUCUAUAACGAUUUAUUGGAAAAAUUUAAGAAUGCAGAUUCUUUCACAUUAAAUGAUGUUAAGAGAAUUUAUCAAAGAGUAUUGGAUGAAAAUAUCGAACCUGAUGGAAUCACAUAUAAAAAUUUAUUAUUGGUACAUAUUAAAGAUAAAGAUUUAAAAGGAGGGUUAGAAGUAUUCGAGAAAAUUUUUUUGGAAAAUAAGCCAAUUCAUUUUCAUGGAGCCAUCUCUUUAAUUCGUGCAUUAAUUGAUUCCGAUAGAGAUGAUGCAAUGGAGAAAUGUUUGGAUAUUUACGAAAAACUUAAGAUGCGGGCUGUUAUAAAAGAACCUUUGUUUAAUUCAAUGUUAUAUGGCGCGAAAAAAUUUGGAAAAAUGAAAUUAUAUGACAAGAUUUCUCAAGAAAAGAGUAAAAAUAAAAUACACAGAAAAUAA